CAUUUUCCGAUUUGGAUCAUGCCUGUCACAUCAUCUCCAUCCAGCCACACGUCCGACGACAACAACGACCGUGAAGUUGCCCCCUUCCUGCGGACUCUGCGGACGAUCUUGACCUAUGAAAGCGAUGACAUCAUUCGAUGGACACCGGAUGGCCUGGCGUUUGAGAUCAUCGACAUGGAGGCGCUGACGUCCGCCGUGCUGCCGCACUACUUCAAGCACAACAAAUACUCGAGUUUCCAGCGCCAGCUCAACUACUUCCACUUCAAGAAGUGGACCAAGAGCCUCGUGCACGUGUGCACGUUCUCCAACACCCACUUUACGAGAGAUGACCCCCUCUUGAGCCUGUGUAUCACAAGGAAGCGCUCCCGCAAGGACAGCUCACACUCCAUCCAAAUGGCUAAUAUCGAACCACCCUCCUCGUCGCCACUGAUUGACGAUUCAAUCGAAGACCUUCUCACUGACGCCGACUUGGAGUGGCUUGUUCAUUUUGAACUGAUGGGUGAACCACAUGGCGCUGUAGACGCUUUAACUGACAAGCGGACACUUUUGGUGGUGUAGGCUACGAGUGCCUGGAAUUAUAUUUAAAUUCAAAUGAAUCAAUUCAACUGCGUUUGCAGUAGCUAUCGUACUAUUAAUAAUACAAGUGUGGAA